GUCCACACAGUGACCCUUGCCCCAGGCCUGUCACAGCAGGGACGGGAGCCUCUGUCCUCGGCCGCACCAUGGCCAACCCACUGCACCUCGUCCUGCUCGGCGCCGCCCUGGCCGGCCUCCUGCUGCCCGGGAGCAGUGUGUUCGUCAGCCGGCAGCGCGCCAACGACGUGCUGGCGAGGGCGCGGAGGGCGAACUCCUUCCUGGAGGAGAUGAAGAAAGGAAACCUGGAGAGGGAGUGCAUUGAGGAGAACUGCUCCUUCGAGGAGGCCCGCGAAGUCUUCGAGGACGACGCGAAAGCGAAUGAGUUCUGGAACAAAUACAUAGAUGGCGACCAGUGUGAGAGCAAUCCGUGCCAGAACCGGGGCACGUGUAAAGAUGGCCUCGGGGUGUACACGUGCUCCUGUGUGGAAGGCUACGAAGGCAAAGACUGCGAACUGUUCACACGCAAACUGUGCAGCCUGGACAACGGGGGCUGCGACCAGUUCUGCAAGGAGGAGGAGAACUCAGUGCUGUGCUCCUGCGCCAGCGGGUACACCCUGGGUGACAACGGCAAGUCCUGCGUCUCCACAGAGCUCUUCCCCUGUGGGAAAGUCACCCUGGGACGUAGGAAGAGGUCGCCGGCCACAAACAGCAGCGAGGGCCCCCCGGAAGGCCCGGGUCCGGAGCAGCACGACGACGACAACCUGACCACCACUGAGGACCCUUUCAACCUGCUGGGCUCCCUGGAGCCGGCGCCCGAGGACGACAGCAGCAGCGUGGUGCGCAUCGUGGGCGGCCAGGACUGCAGAGACGGCGAGUGCCCCUGGCAGGCGCUCCUGGUCAAUGAGGAUAAUGAAGGGUUCUGUGGGGGCACGAUCCUGAGCGAGUACCACGUCCUCACGGCAGCCCACUGCCUGCACCAGGCCAAGAGAUUCAAGGUGAGAGUAGGGGACCGGGACAUGGAGCGCGAGGAGGGCAACGAGGAGGCCCACGAGGUGGAGGUGGUCGUGAAACACAACAGGUUUGUGAAGGAGACGUACGACUUCGACAUCGCCAUGCUCAGGCUGAAGACGCCCAUCACCUUCCGCAGGAACGUGGCCCCCGCCUGCCUGCCCCAGCAGGACUGGGCCGAGUCCACGCUGAUGACCCAGAAGACGGGCAUCGUGAGCGGCUUCGGCCGCACGCACGAGAUGGGCCGCCUGUCCACCACCCUCAAGAUGCUCGAGGUGCCCUACGUGGACCGCAACAGCUGCAAGCUGUCCAGCAGCUUCACCAUCACCCAGAACAUGUUCUGCGCCGGCUACGACGCCAGGCCCGAGGACGCCUGCCAGGGGGACAGCGGGGGCCCCCACGUCACCCGCUUCAAGGACACCUACUUUGUGACGGGCAUCGUCAGCUGGGGGGAGGGGUGCGCGAGGAAGGGGAAGUUUGGGGUCUACACCAAGGUCAGCAACUUCCUCAGGUGGAUCGAGAAGUCGAUGAGGGCCAGGGCUGCCCCUGCAGCCGAGGCAGCCAGGACCCCGGGGCCCACAAGCCCACCAUUAAAGUGAGCCCCUCCUGA